UCGGCGCAGGGCUGCAGAACUCCGGCUUUAUCUGGCGCAGAAGAGUGAACGCACUCCCCUGUUUCACUCUCUCGUUCACUCCUUUUACUCCCGCUUUUUAUUUCCUCGGGUUUUUGGCUUCGUUCAAGAUGACAGAAGAAAAGAAAGAUCGACAUAUAAAGCUGGUGUCUCACCAGCUUCUGUGGGAUUUGAUGUCGCCUUUAGAUCGGGCCCACUGAAGAUGGAAACCCUGGAGUCGGAGCUGACGUGCCCGAUCUGCCUGGAGCUGUUUGAGGACCCGCUGCUUCUGCCCUGUGCCCACAGCCUGUGCUUCAGCUGUGCCCAUCGCAUCCUAGUCUCUCACUGUUCUCCCGCCAAGCCUCUCGAGUCCGUCUCGGCCUUCCAGUGUCCCACCUGCCGACACGUCAUCACGCUCAGCCCACGCGGCCUGGAGGGCCUCAGGCGCAAUGUGACGCUGCAGAACAUCAUCGACCGCUUCCAGAAGGCCUCGGUCAGCGGGCCCGGCUCGCCCGGCGAGAGCCGCCUCCGCCUGCCCCCUCGGCCCCGCAGCGCCACGCCUACAGGGAUCAGCGCCAACGGCAGCGCCAUGUCUGCCGAGCCGUGCGUCCCUUGCCAGUUCUGCGAGCAGGAGCCUCCACGUGAUGCCAUAAAGACAUGUGCUACAUGCCAGGCGUCGUACUGCGAGCGCUGCCUGCGCGCAACUCACCCCAACAAAAAACCAUUCACCAGCCAUCGGUUGCUGGAGCCAGCGGGAGACGGUCACCUGCGUGGCCUGGCCUGUCUGGAGCAUGAAAAUGAGACAGUGAGCUUGUACUGUGCCACAGAUGAACAGCUGAUCUGCACACUGUGCAAGCUGGUGGGGAGACACCGGGAGCACCACGUCGCCUCGCUCGGUGAACGGUUCGACAAACUAAAGCAAACCCUGGAGAAUAACCUGACCAAUCUGGUAAAAAGAAACAGUGAGUUGGAGAACCAGAUGGCCAAACUUAUUCAGAUCUGCCAGCAGGUGGAGGUGAACACAGCCAUGCACGAGGCCAAGCUGGUGGAGGAGUGUGAUGAACUAGUAGAGAUCAUUCGCCAGAGGAAACAGGUCAUCGCUGUCAAGAUCAAAGAGUCAAAGGUGAUGAAGCUCCGUAAGCUGGCUCAGCAGAUUGCUAACUGCAGGCAGUGUUUGGAGCGCUCUAGUGCACUCAUCACCCAAGCCGAACAGAGCCUGAAGGAGAACGACCACGCCCGCUUUCUCCAGACGGCCAGAAACGUAGCCGAAAGGGUUGCCAUGGCCACGGCCUCCUCGCAGGUUCUCAUCCCAGAUGUCAAUCUGAACGAGGCCUUUGACAAUUUCGCCCUUGAUUUUUCUCGAGAGAAGAAGAUCCUGGAGGGCCUGGAUUACCUAACAGCACCUAAUCCACCAUCGAUACGAGAGGAGCUGUGUACAGCCUCCCACGAUACCAUAACAGUGCACUGGACCUCUGAGGAUGAGUUUAGUGUCACGUCUUAUGAGCUGCAGUACACCAUCUACACAGGCCAGACCAACUUUAUCAGUCUAUAUAACUCAGUGGACAGCUGGAUGAUUGUGCCAAACAUCAAGCAGAAUCAUUACACUGUGCAUGGCCUUCAAAGUGGCACCCGCUAUAUCUUCUUUGUCAAGGCUAUCAACCAGGCUGGCAGCCGGAACAGCGAGCCAGCACGUCUCAAAACCAACAGCCAGCCUUUUAAGUUGGACCCAAAGACAGCACAUAAGAAGCUGCGUCUGUCCAACGAUUGUCUGACCAUGGAGAAAGAUGAAAGCUCUCUAAAGAAGAGCCACACUCCAGAGCGCUUCAGUGGUACGGGUACUUAUGGGGCUGCAGGCAACGUCUUCAUCGACAGCGGCUGCCACUAUUGGGAGGUUUUACUAGGAGCCUCCACAUGGUACGCCGUGGGUGUGGCCUACAAAUCUGCACCAAAGAACGAGUGGAACGGCAAGAACUCUUCCUCAUGGGUGUUCACACGUUGCAACAACAACUUCCUGGUGCGGCACAACGGCAAGGAGAUGCUGGUGGAGGCGUCUCUUCAGCUGAGAAGACUCGGAGUGCUGCUGGACUACGACAACAAUUCGCUGUCCUUCUACGAUGCCAUGAACUCCCAACACCUGCACACCUUCGACAUCUCCUUCUUGUUGCCGGUAGCACCCACCUUCAUGAUCUCAAACAAAUCGUUGAUGAUCCUGUCUGGCCUGCCCGUACCCGACUUUGUGGACUGCAGCGAGCAGCACGAAGGUGGCAGUCGGCAGCAGGAGUCACCCUACGGCCUGAGCCUGAAGAGCUGCAACUAAGACACUGACGUGCUCUGACUCUUCCGGAACGUUCCCAAAUCCUUUCCUUAUGGGCCACUGGGCUCUUCUUCCUGCCCCUUCUUUCUCACUGUUGAUUUGGCUUCAUCACUGGCUCACGGUUUGUGUUAGGAAGGAGGGAAUAAUGCAGAUAGAUUUGAGGGAUGCAUUCAAUUGCACUUGAGAUGAAUUGGGUGAAUAGGUGUUCUUAGAUCUUUAAUAGAAAUAGAUGAGAACGAGUACAAAGUGUAAAUUAUUCAUGAGUAAUAAGUUAGCUUUUUAUUUUGUUCUUAAAAGCACCUUUUGAGCAUAGUGCUCUUGCGUGUAAAAAAUAAAUAAAUCAAUAAAUAAAAAGAACUGAUUUGGGACAUAGCAGGGCAUGCUGGGAUAGAAUAGAGGAGAUUUAUUGAAUAGGACAUUGGAAAUGAACAUGGCGUUUCUACUGAGCUUAACAUUUAUUUAUAAAUCUGAUCAAACUCACUUUGAUAUUCAGGGAGAACGAGAGAAUCCUUUUUGUUGUUUUAUCUAGAUGGUGAUGGCAUGACGUUUCUCCUCUGUACUUUGUUCCAUUUUAUCGAUUUCUCGUUUGCUGUUUUGUGGAAAAGCAUGAAGGUCCCACUGCUAAUUCUUGACA